CACACACACACACACACAUCCUCUGCGUUCAGCCGCGCUUUAAGCCUCUCAGCCACGGCACUUUGCGCACAGACACAGCUCGAAGAAGUUCAAGAAUGUUACCACGGAGUCCAUCAUUCACGCCUCGACUCUGCAUUACUGAUUAUCUCAGCAUUUUUACUCAAUAUUAAUACAGACUGCGCAUUUUUUUCUUUCUUCUUCUUCAUUUUUAUUUUAUUUUAUUUUUAUUUUUAAGUCAAGCGCAUUUUAAUCAUUUCCACGCAGUAUCAUUUUAUGCUUGGGAAAAGUCAGGUAUAGAUUCUAGCCUUCUAGUUUGGAUCAUUUUGGGAUUAUUUAGCGGAAUAUGGAUUUCCCUAAAAUGAAUGAAAGUCAUGGCACAUUGUGGGAUUGCGCCAAAGCGCAUUUAGACUCUCCAUUAAACCGCUCCACCGUGGAAAUGAACACCACCUGUAACAAUGCGUCAGUUUUAACCAAACUUCAAGCAACACGAUCUAAAGAGAUGUACUCGUUACGGAUCCUCCUCUACUCUCUCAUCUUCUUCCUGAGCGCAUUUGGCAACCUGCUGAUCAUCGUGGUGCUGGUGGCGAACAAGCGUAUGCGCACCGUCACUAACUCCUUCCUGCUCUCACUGGCUAUCAGUGACCUCAUGAUGGCUGUCUUCUGCAUGCCUUUCACUCUCAUCCCUAAUUUGCUGGAAGACUUCAUCUUUGGAGCUGCUAUGUGCAAGACCGUCACCUAUUUCAUGGGUAUCUCCGUCAGCAUUUCCACCUUCAGCCUGGUUGCCAUAGCAAUCGAAAGGUACAGCGCCAUCUGCAACCCACUGAAGUCCCGGGCAUGGCAGACCCGCUCGCAUGCUUACAAAGUCAUUGCCGCUACCUGGGUGCUGUCAGUAGGCAUCAUGGUUCCCUAUCCGAUCUUCAGCACGCUGGUGCCCUUCUCCAAACCCAACAACAUCACCGCUCACAUGUGCCGCCCAGACUGGCGUAUAAGCCAAAUCGAACAGAUUUGGUACGUCUUGCUGCUUUUUAUUCUCUUCUUCAUCCCAGGUGUGGUAAUGAUCAUUGCUUAUGGCCUCAUCUCCAGAGAGCUCUACCGGGGCAUUCAGUUUGAGCUCGAGCAGAAGAAUGACUGUAGAGCGAUGAAGAAUGGAGUGAACGGUACCGUAUCCCAUGGACAAGAUGAUAGUGAUGGUUGCUACAUCCAGGUUCCCAAAAAACCUCCAGCAAUGGAGCUUUCCUCCAUCAGCAACUCCGCAUCCUCUAAGCCGGACAGACCACGCAGCAACACCUCUGAAGCCAAACUCGUGGCCAAGAAGCGCGUGAUCCGUAUGUUAAUCAUCAUUGUAGCUAUGUUCUUCAUCUGCUGGAUGCCUCUUUAUACCGUGAACACAUGGAAAGCAUUUGACCAGCACUCAGCCAAACGAGCCCUCUCAGGCGCUCCCAUUUCCUUUAUCCAGCUGCUGUCUUACACGUCGGCCUGCGUCAACCCCAUCAUCUACUGCUUCAUGAAUGUGCGCUUCCGCAAGGCUCUGCUGUCCACCUUUGCCUGGUGUGCCCUGCCAUGCCGCAAACGUAAGAGGAGGGAAGGUGAUGAUGAGGUUACCGGGGUCACGGCUACGUCCAUGUCUAAAUUUAGUUACACCACCGUUAGCACGGUAGGGCCAUGUUAGCUUGGGAUCGGGCGAUCAUCCAGAUAAUAUUGGCUUAAGGCAUGUUUUGUCUCAAGAGCUUUUGUAUUUGUGAAUAGUUCCAUGUAGUCCUCUUGCUGUCUUGCUGAUGUAUUGAUGUGUUGGUGUUAGAACAAACGAGAAUGCCCAAGGGGUUACCAAUGAUGAGUAAACAGCAUCGAUGCUGAUCCUCAGAGGAAACUUUUGAGCACAUUUUUCUAAAAUACUAGGUACAAUCAUGAAAAAAAGAAGGAAAGCAAAUCUAGCUAUCACAGACUGUGCCUGUACUGGAAAAUAUCAUGUAAAUAUUCAAUCCUUCUUACUAUACUUGCUAUACUGUAUGUUAAACGCAUGAAACAAUCUAUCACUUAGCUGUCUUGCCUUAGGUCAACAAAUAAUGGCUACAGAAUGGUACAGUUGCUGAUCAAUAGAAUAUUAAUGCCUCACAUUGUGUUGAUGAUCCAACAAACCAAAUUCUGUGACAAGCUUCAUUACAAGCGUACAUUCCAUAGGGAGAUCAUGCAUCUUAUUACCAAAUCCUCAUCAUCGAGGCAUACCUCUGAGCUUGCUGUCAUGACGUUAGUAAACUCGACCAAUCCACUGUUCCGUACUGCUGUAUUAAGAGGCAGCAAAGUAUUUCUUUAUACAAGUAGCACUUUCUGUGGGAGCAAUUUUGCUUUGGGUUGAAAGGAAACUUGAGGAGUAUUAUAAACAGCGUAGAGCUUUUUUGUUGUUUUGAUUUUAGUUGUCACUGGUUACACUAUUAAAAUGCACAUACAUGCAUACAGAUUUACAGGAGCACACUCUUUAAAGAAACAAAGAAGAAGAAGAAAAAAAAUAUCGUAGGAGUUGUCCUAAUUGCUUUCUUGCACUUUGCAAGUUGAUGAGGCGUUCUUCUAAAGCUCCUCUGAAUACAUAAACUGCAAUCUCAUCCCUGCUUUGUAGUGAGCUUAAUAUUACAUACAAGAAUAUCUUGAAUUCUGCUUGGCCUUGAUUGUGGAUAAGGUAAUUGCAGUGCUUUGGUUUGGUCUAAUUUUAUUCCUGAAUAACACUCUACUAAAAAUCAUACUGAGAAUACCAUGCUUUAGCUAAGACACACACACACACAACACACACAUACACACACACACACAAACUACAUACACACAAUCAGCCAUUCCAUUAAAACGACUGACAGCUGCAGUAAAUAACACUGAAUAUCUCAAUACAAUGGCCCCUGUUAAGGAGUUGGAUAUAUUAUGCACCCGGUUUCUUCCUCUUCCAUCUAAGGGAGUUUUUCCUUGCCAAAUUCACCCCAGUCACCUCAGGCUUGUUCAUUGGGGAUAAAUACAAACAAAUUCAAAUAUAACUAUAAUAUUAAU